AUGGUUUGCAUCAAGCAAGUUUCUAUCCCUGCUGUUAUCCUUCUCAGCCUUGCUGAGCAAGCCGUCGCUGCACCUAUCGCUCCCCGGGGCGAUAUUGCUGCCCGCGAUGCCGCCCUGACUGCCGAUGCCAUUGAAUUGGCCAUCCGUGAACUUGAGCUUGAUGAGCGGGGCCUGGGCAAGUUUGUCAAGGGUGUUGCCGGAAAGGUUAUCGGCGCCGUGAAGAAGAACCCCGGCAAGACAUUUGAUCGCACUCUUUCAUCAGCCAACACUGCCAUGACUGUGGCCAACACCCACAAGACGGUAUCCGGAAAGCGUGAUAUCGAGGAACUCGAUGAGCGUGACCUUGAGGAAGAAGUCCUGAUUGCCCUCCGUGAUCUUGACCUCGAUGAACGAGGCUUGGGCAAGUUUGUCAAGGGUGUUGCCGGAAAGGUUAUCGGCGCCGUGAAGAAGAACCCUGGCAAGACCUUCGACCGCACUCUCUCCUCAGCCAACACUGCCAUGACUGUUGCCAACACCCACAAGACCGUGUCAGGAAAGCGUGAUCUCGAUGAGCUCGAACUAGCCGUCCGAGAUCUUGAGGAUCUUGAUGAGCGUGAUCUUGAUGAAAUUGAGCUUGCCCUCCGUGAUCUGGAAGACCGCAGUUUGAAAUCUAUUCUUACACCUGCAGUCAAGCUCACAAAGGCUGUCAAGAAUGUAGCUUCGAAAGCGGUAGGUGCUAUCAAGAAGAACCCUGGCAAGACAUUUGAUCGCACUCUAUCUUCAGCCAAUACUGCGAUGACUGUUGCCAAUACCCACAAAACUCAACAAGGAAAGCGCGACCUUGAGGAGCGUGAUCUCGAUGAGCUUGAGAUUGCCCUCCGAGAUCUUGAGGAUCUUGAUGAGCGUGAUAUCGAGGAGCUCGACCUUUCCCUACGAGACCUCGAAGACCGCAGUUUGAAAUCUAUUCUUACACCUGCAGUCAAGCUCACAAAGGCUGUCAAGAAUGUAGCUUCGAAAGCAAUAGGUGCUAUCAAGAAGAACCCUGGCAAGACCUUCGACCGCACCCUCUCCUCAGCCAAUACUGCGAUGACCGUGGCCAAUACCCACAAAACUCAACAAGGAAAGCGCGAUUUUGAGGACAUUGAGGAGCGGGAUUGGGAGGACAUGGAGGAGCGCGACUGGGAAGACAUGGAGGAGCGUGAUGUCGAGGAGCUCGAUGAGCGUGACUGGGAAGACGUCGAAGAACGUGACAUCGAUGAUCUCGAGGCCCGAGCCAUUGGCCAGAACCUCUUAAAGCUUGCUAAAGGCGCCGGUAAAGCCGUUGGUCAUGUCUUCAGCUCCGUUUCCAAACAACAAGGCCAGGCCUACAACCGUGCUAACGCGGCUGCCAACUCGGCGAUGAAAGUCGCUCAGACGAAGAAGAAGCAAGAGAAGCGCGACUUCGAGGAACGUGACUUCGAAUACCUUAACAGCCUGAGCCAGCGAGACUUGGAAGACCUCGAACUCGUCGUCCGAGCCUUGUACGGCGACUACCUUGAGGACUACUAG